AGGAGAGGUGGUCACCAGAUGGUGCCCGAGGCCACGGGCGCUGCGAACAAGCGGGGCCUGGACGAGGUGGAGCCCGGCCUGCGCAUGGAUCCCAUUCCGGAGCCCGCGGCUACGGGCACACGUGACAGCCUCAGCCAGCUACCAGCGCCAUGACCCACCCCAUGCUCCGGAUCUCUGCUCCCGCCGCGCUGGCCCUGGGCUCGGCCGCGCUGGGCGCCGCUUUCGCCACCGGCCUCCUCCUGGGCAAGUGGGGGCUCCCAUGGCGGUUCCGGCGACAGCAGCGCCUGCUGCCCCCCGAGGACAGUCCCCUGUGGCAGUAUCUGCUGAGCCGCUCCAUGAGGGAACAUCCGGCGCUGCGGAGCCUGCGGCUGCUGACUCUGGAGCAGCCGCGGGGGGAUUCCAUGAUGACCUGUGAGCAAGCCCAGCUUCUGGCCAACCUGGCGCGGCUCAUCAAAGCCAAGAAGGUUCUGGACCUAGGCACUUUCACUGGCUACUCCGCGCUGGCGCUAGCCCUGGCGCUGCCCCCGGAUGGGCACGUGGUGACCUGCGAGGUGGACGCGGGGCCCCCGGAGCUGGGACGGCCCCUCUGGAGGCAGGCCGAGAUGGAAGACAAGAUCGACCUUCGGCUGAAGCCCGCCCUCGACACCCUAGACGAGCUCCUGGCGGCUGGCGAGGCCGGGACCUUCGACGUGACCGUGGUGGACGCCGACAAGGAGAACUGCACGGCCUAUUAUGAGCGGUGUCUGCAGCUGCUGCGCCCGGGUGGCGUUCUCGCCAUCCUUAGAGUCCUGUGGCGUGGAGAGGUGCUGAGGCCUCGACCUGGAGACCGGAGAGCCGAGUGUGUGCGAAAUCUAAACGAGCGCAUCCUGCGGGACGCCAGAGUCUACAUCAGCCUCUUGCCCCUGGGUGAUGGCCUCACCUUGGCCUUCAAGAUCUAGGUCUCAGCCAGGCAUAGUGGCAUAUGCCUUUAUCCAAGCUCUGGGGAGGAUCACUGAGUUUGAGGCCAGCCUGGGGCUUUAGAGUGAGUUCCAGACCAGCCUGGACUAGAGACCCUACCUUGAAAAACAGAAUAAUAGAGCAAGCUAAGGCUUAACCCAGCGUGCCAGAGAGAUCCGGGGAACCCCGUGCAUUGACAGAGCUAGGGUUACAGCUGACAAUAAAGAUACUGGAAUAGGCAACA